AGGACUAAUAGCUUUAUUUUUCUACUUUUAGGUGCUGGUUCAAGUAAUGAGAAAGCCAAAAAGGAUAUAGAUUGUUCUUAUUCUCAAGCAAAUGAUCAAAGAGGUAACAUGAAUUCACCUUUGGUCAGCUCUGACUCAAAGACUGAAAAUCGGUGUUCGCCAGACCGAGAAGUGCCUAAACAGCUAACCCUAAUAAACAUUCCACCUAAAGCCUACCGUAAUGUGUAUGUGUCUCAUGUUGUUAGUCCGAGUGAGUUUUAUUGCCAAAUUGAAGAAGAAAGUGCUAAACUCCAACAACUGAUGCUGGAUAUUGAAACUGAAUAUUCUCAAAUUAAAGAGAAUGAAUUAACUUUAAAUCAGAUGAAAAUAGGUUCUGUGUGCUGUGCAGUUUUUCAGGAAGAUUGUGCCUGGUACAGGGGUUCUAUAAAGGGCAUUAAUUCCGAGUGCUGUGACAUUUAUUUUGUUGAUUACGGAAAUACCGAUUCUGUUCCUGUUUCAAAAAUAAAAGCUUUGACGUCCAAAUUUUUUAUGUUGCCGGUCCAAGCUUUAAAAUGUAAGCUUUUUAAUGCAGAACCUGACAGCAGUACUUGGAGUGCCGAUGCAAUUCAGGAUUUCAUUAAUUUAACUUUGGAAAAAUCUUUUGUAUCCCAGUUUGUUGAAGUUGACAACACCAACACUUAUGCUGUUAAUCUUGUUAGCUUAAACAAACUCGAAGAAGACGUUUUAAACAAGCAAUUCGUUAAUCGAGGUCACGGCAAGUUACAAGAUGAAAGUAAAUUAUUGGUUCUGAAUUCUCAUGCCGCUUCCAGCAACCUUACUUUUAAAACCCCGGACAUAAAGCCGGGUUCAUUUGAACGUGUUGCCGUUUGCUUUGGCCUGACACCACAAGUGGUUUUCUGCCAAUUGAAAUCAUAUGAAGGAGAGUUUAAAAGAAUGAUGGAGCAGUUACAACAUCAUUACAGCAAGUUAUCACCAUCAGAUGCCAUCGUAGAUCGACCACACGUUGGCAUGAUUUGUGUGGCUCAGUUUCAUCAGGAUUCUGUGUGGUAUAGAGGAAGAAUAACCAAAAUGGACAAGACUGGAAUCUCUGUCAUCUAUGUAGAUUACGGUAAUACCGAGAUAGUUGAAAAAAAGAAAGUGCGUUGUAUCGCUCAGGACUUUACAGGACUGCCCAUUCAGGCCAUUAAAUGUCAGAUCAAAGGCAUCAGAGCUCCAGAAAAAUCGUGGUCGUCAAAAAACAACAUCAGCAAAUUUUUCGAAGGCGAUUCUGAGUGUGAGUUUGUAUCGAGGGAGCAUGAUCACUAUGUCGUCAAUUUGACUGUCGACCGAAAGAAUGUGGCAGAACUACUUAUAAAAAGUGGGCUGGCUGUUGGAGAAGCCAUUAAGAGUGUUGAAAGUGUUCAGGCGAAACAACCUGACGCAUUGCCUGUUAUCGAAGCCAUUAAGAGUGUUGAUAGUGUUCAGGCGAAACAACCUGGCGCAUUGCCUGUUAUCGAACAUGACGAGCAGUUGGCCAAAAGAGAUUCUUUCAGUUCAGGACAGUUAUUGUCCGUUGCUGUGUCGUACGUCAAAAGUCCGUGUCAGUUUUGGUGUCAGUCUCUUGAUGAUUCAGAUGUUUUGGAUCAGUUGAUGGCUGACAUUCAAACACACGUUGAGCAGGGUGUCACUCCCGUUAACCUGAAAAAAUUGAUACCUGGGUAUUAUUGUUUAGCUAAAUAUUCUGAGGAUGAGUCUUGGUAUCGAGCUCAAAUUGUUGCAUGCAUUUCAGAAAAAGAAUUAGAGGUUUUCUUCAUUGAUUAUGGAAAUUCUGAAAUCAUUUCUCCUGAUGCAAUUGCCGUUUUACCACAAGUUUUUUAUGAAACAUAUGGCUUAUGUUUUUGCUGUCAACUUCUGGGUAGCUCAUCAUCUAUUUGUACUGCUGAUGUUAGUGAAGCUUUCCAGAAUAUUGUCGAUGAAGCUGGCCAGGAUAUGACCGCAAAGAUAGAUCAAGUACUCAAAGAAGCCUAUGUCAUCACUCUCCUUUAUGAAGUAAAUGACGUUGAAAAGAAUGUGUCCGAAAUCUUGUUUCCUGUUCAGUUAGAUGUCUCACCAUGUCCAGGUAAAUAUUAUUUAGUCCAAUGUAAUACUACAAUUUUUGCUGAAAUUUUUGGAAUUUGUUAAAUUUUAAAAUCAAAGAUGUCUAUUUCUACCGCAGA